UCACAAUGCAUCGUACGUGCGUUCUCAUUGCGGCACUUGUCGCGCUGACCAGUGCCGCGGCGAUUUCCCCGGAAGCCAGGGGUAAUAAAAACUGGUACAAGAACAGUCUGGUAUAUCAGAUCUACCCGAGAAGCUACAAAGAUAGCAAUGGAGACGGCAUCGGUGAUUUGAACGGCAUCACGAGCAAAUUGGAGCACAUCGCGGACAUCGGCGCCGACGCUAUCUGGCUGUCGCCGAUCUACCCCAGUCCGCAGAUAGAUUACGGCUACGACAUCGCCAACUACACCGAUGUCAAUGAAGAAUACGGUACUCUGCACGAUUUCGACAGACUCGUUGCGAAGGCAAAGUCCCUCGGACUGAAGGUACUUCUCGAUUUUGUGCCCAAUCACAGCUCUCACGAGCACGAAUGGUUCAAGAAGAGCAUUCAGGGGAUCAAGCCUUACGACGAGUAUUACGUUUGGCGCGACGCGAAAAUAGUCAACGGUACCAGGCAACCGCCGAACAACUGGUUGAGCGCCUUCCAAGGCUCCGCCUGGGAGUGGAACGACGUGAGGCAGCAGUAUUAUCUGCAUCAGUUCGCCGCUGGUCAGCCGGAACUCAACUACAACAGCAUCGCGUUACAACAAGAAAUAAAGAACGUGCUGACGUUCUGGAUGAAUCGCGGCGUGGAAGGUUUCCGCAUUGACACCGUCAAUCACUUGUUCGAGGAUCCUCGCUUCCUGGACGAGCCGCCAACCAACAUACCCGGAUUGCCGCCCGACGACUACGAUACUCUGGACCACAUCUACACGAAGAAUCAACUCCCGAGUUACGACCUUCUCAAGACCUGGCGAAAACUGUUGGACAGACACUCGCCGAAGGCUGACACAAAGAUGUUUCUGACCGAAGCUUACGCAGAUUUAAAUUUCACCAUGUUGUACUAUCCGGCAGGCUCAACCGUACCCUUCAACUUCAUGUUCGUUUCCGACCUGAAUAACAAAUCCACCGCGGCCGACUUUAAACGUUACGUAGAUCGCUGGUUGAAUAACAUGCCAGAAGGUUCACAGUACGUUCCAAACUGGGUGGUAGGCAAUCAUGAUAAUCAUCGCGUAGCUUCCCGAUACGGUGAGAAGCGGGCGGAUCAGCUUUCCAUGCUGUCGACCAUUUUACCCGGUGUCACCGUGAUUUACAAUGGCGACGAGAUCGGCAUGCUGGACAGAAAUUUUACAUAUGAGGAAACUAAAGAUCCCGCCGGAUGCAAUGCUGGACCUGACAGGUACCAUCUGAAAUCGAGAGAUCCGGAAAGAACGCCUUUUCAAUGGGACAACACCGUUAGCGGCGGUUUCUCUACUAGCAGUAAAACGUGGCUUCCGGUGCACAGCAAUUACAGGACUUUAAAUUUGGCGGCGCAAAAGACCGCGGCAAAGUCCCAUUACAAAGUAUUCAAGUCCCUGACGAAACUAAAGAAGAAGCCCAUUGUCGCGCGAGGCUCCCUGCAGACCACGUUGGUCACCGAGAAAAUCUUAGGUGUAGUACGGCGACGCAACAAAUCCGUCGUGACACUUCUGAUUAACUUCGCCGACGAGCCGGUCACCGUCGACGCCAGGACUUGGUUGAAUAUUCCAGAGGAGUUGAUCAUCUAUGCGCCCAGCGUGGACAGCAAUCUGGUUGCAGGAUCGCGCGCUGACACGACUCAUUUCACCGUGCCCGGCUCAGCCUCCGUUGUACUCACAACAGCGGAUUUGGUUUAGUAAAUUUCUACCUAUCUCUCAUGCUAAUCGAUAGUUCUCCGUAAAGUGAAGUUUCCAAUAUGUACAUAUAGAUGUAUACAAGCUAUUUUCUCUGCGGGCAGACAGUCUUGUAUAAAUCUCAAAAGAGAGAUGUUCGAAGAAAAUGUAUUUAUAAAUUUCUUAACAUCAUCAAGUGUUAGUAUUUGCAAUUAAUUAUUGCGACUUUUACUUGAAAUAAAUGAUUUGUUUGUUCAUUUAUGUGACUAUGUAUAAAAUAUAUUUUUUUCUUCAAGAAAAUAAAUUUUAUUUAAACCGCAAA